UGACACCAAGAGCCGUUGGAAAGGAAGAAAAGUAAAGGAAAAGCAGACGGCUUCAUUUUCACCAACACAGCGAAGCAAGAAACAAAAAAGAUGGCGACGAAUAUCGGAAUGAUGGAUUCGGCUUACUUCGUGGGCAGAUCUGAGAUUCUCGCUUGGAUUAAUUCCACUCUCCAUCUCAAUCUCUCCAAAGUCGAAGAGGCAUGUUCCGGCGCAGUUCAUUGCCAGCUAAUGGAUGCGGUUCAUCCAGGGAUGGUGCCGAUGCACAAAGUCAACUUCGAUGCCAAAAACGAAUACGAGAUGAUCCAAAAUUACAAAGUCCUCCAAGACGUCUUUAACAAACUCAAAAUCACCAAGCAUAUUGAGGUGAGCAAGCUGGUGAAAGGGAGGCCGCUCGAUAAUCUGGAGUUCAUGCAAUGGAUGAAAAGAUACUGUGAUUCGGUUAAUGGAGGCGGUCUUCAUAAUUACAAUGCAUUGGAAAGGAGAGAGGCUUCUAAAGGAGGAAAAGAAGCCGGCAAGAAAUCAGCACCAUCACACUCCUCAACCAAGGGUUCAACUGCUGCUCCGAAACCUCCAUCUUCCCAUGCUAGAAGGAACAGCAACGAUGUUCCAUCAUCUGUGAACACUACAAAUCAAUCAGCUAAGACUUCAUCCAAAUCAUCUACAUCAGUUUAUGAUGAACAGAUCACGGAAUUGAAGCUGUCUGUGGAUAGUCUUGAGAAAGAGAGGGAUUUCUACUUUGCAAAGUUGAGAGACAUAGAGAUUCUCUGCCAGACUCCUGAGAUUGAAGACUCACCGAUUGUUGCAGCUAUCAAAAGGAUUUUAUAUGCUACAGAUGGUGAUGCAUCAGUGGUGACUGAAGCUCAAGCCAUGGUGUCUCUUCAACCGAAGGAAGCAGAGGCCUUGAGUCCAAUUGCUGAGGUAUCGGAAGAAAAAUCCAUUUCUGAAACUCAGAAGAGGAAAAACAUUUUGAACAUCGAUGUUGAUGCUGCUGGAAUCACAACAUUGUCUCCAAGGCAAAGGCUCUCCGAUGCUUCUGAUGUCCACUGCAGUGGGUCACCGCUUAUGACUUACUGAUCAGUGCAUCAGCUAUAAUAGACUUUUGAUGAUCUGCUUGACAAUACUGUUUUGUCAAAUUUCUUUGCCAUAUAUCUUUAGUUCUGUCUGUUGUUUCAAUCAUAGGCUUCAGUAGUGUUUAGGACAGGACAUAAUAUAGUCAUCACAUGAAUUGUUAGCCAUGUCUAUUUGGAUCAUAUUGUGUAUUUGGAAGAUGUAAGAACAGCAUACUACAAUAUGUUUCCUUUCUGCUUCAGGAAGUCAUUUAAGUUGAGGUUCUGUGCUAUAAAAAUCUGGGAUAAUUUCCUGGACACCUUAUUCA